AUGGGCGUCUCAGAUAUAUUUCGUUUUAUUUACUUCUUUCUUUUAUUUAGUCACAUCAACUCGGAGUGUUUUCCGGGAUGCUCCUGCGUGACUGAUCGUUAUGGAAGGUCACUCACAUGUAUGGAAACAGCAUUACCGUCAGUUCCUGAGGAUUUACCGCAAGACCUUACCAAAAUCCGCAUUGAGAAGUCACAGCUACGUGAGCUGCCGAGGUCAGCAUUUUCCCGCGUAAAGUCAUUAAAGAAUCUUUGGCUGAAUUUUAACGAAAUCGCCAUCAUAAACAUCAAAAGUUUGGAGGGUUUGGUUAACCUGACCGAGCUCAGGUUGCAGGGUAACAAACUGCGUUCAGUACCAUGGACAGCGUUUGAGGAAACACCCAACCUGAAGAUUCUGGACCUGAAACACAACCUCAUUGACGCCCUCCCUGAAUACGCGCUAAAGUUUUUACCAGGUCUGACCUAUUUAGAUCUAUCCUCUAAUCAACUGUCGGUCAUUUCUAAGGACGUCUUCUUGAACUGGCCUCUGUACACAGAAAGCAAAAAAUACAAAACCGCAGCACCUAAUGUUGUUUUGGCACUUCACGACAAUCCGUGGCUUUGCGACUGUCGCCUUGGGGGCUUCGUUGAAUUUAUCAGAUCGUUGAGCCAGCCGUUCAUUCUAAUGAACUCGUAUUUAACAUGUUCUGGUCCGGAAUUCAGGGCUGGGAAGUUUUUUCAUGAGGUCGCGUUAAAAGCAUGUGUGCAACCAGCAGUUAGAGUCCAGACCCCCAACAUAACGGUGCCUUUGGGCAGAAACGUCACUUUAACAUGCUUUGCGACGGCCAGACCUGAACCUGCUAUUCGAUGGAUAUACGGCCUUAAGAUACUAAGAGGAUUUCGUGAGAUUCAGAGCCGUGUGGAUGAGGACACUAUUAUGUCCCAGCUGGUCAUCCCUUCUCUCCACCUGGCUGAUCGAGGAGUCUACACCUGCAUCGCCAACAAUUUCCUUGGCAAUUCUUCCAUCAACAUCCAACUACACGUGAAAAACCCAGAUGGCUCACUGUCUCAUUCCCCAGUCCACUUUGCUGCCAUAGCUGAAGAAAACAUUUACAUCGACAUCCGUAUAGCCAAGCAGACAGUCUACGGCAUCACGAUCGAGUGGCGUGCUGUGACAGAGAAUCCAGCGGAAACCUGGUUCACCAUCCAUUUUGGCCGCCCUGACUCGCCCAGGAAGGAGCUGAUAUACAUCGGGCCAGGCAUUAACACCUAUUCUGUCACAGACCUCCUCCCAGCCACCAAGUAUGAAAUCUGUGUGACUCUGAAAAGCCAGGCACCUCGGAACGACCAGUGCAUCGUGUUUGUUACGGGCAGUGAUUUCAAUGAGAUGGAACAGAGAGAGAGGCUCAUUCACAUCGUGGUCAUUGUGCUUGCCAUGGUGCUCGCCGUGCCGGCGGGAAUGUACGCGUGCACCACCGAUGCCAGGUUCAACUGUUUUGAGCGUGGGGUGGAGAUGUGGAGAAACAGGAGACAUACUGAGCACCCUCACAGGCCGGAUGAGAGGCAGGGUACGUUUGACAGUCUCCAAGCUGCCAGCGAUGAAGGCCUCUGUCAGGAAUCCAGCAAGGAUCAGAAGACCCGACGAAGGUCUGCUGAAAAGAUACAUAAAAUGAGGAAUGAUCGCAGACCGACAGCUGAGCUUUACUGAGGCCACAUGCAAAGUGGUAUCUACUGUAUAGCCUGAUUAAUACCCAGGACUCAGAGAGGACUCCAUUUUAAUUACAUUGGGAGGUUCAUCCAGCUUGGAGAUCUACACUACGUAAUACACUAAUUACAAGGAAUGUCACAAUCUGUGGUCACAUGGUUGUAUAAACUCAUGGUUCAUGAGUACACGUGUGACCCAACCAUAGGCAGAAACAACCCAGCAUUUUUUAUAGUGUAUGGUAUUAAUAAUGGUUUCCUUACAGUGUACUAUUGUAAAUAUGUGUUAUUGAAUGAUUGAAAAUCAUUACUGAACAUUACUGAAUGUUUGUGUUUAAAUAAAAUGAUUUCUGUAGUUGCUUUUAUAUGGGGAAACGGUUAUUGCAUAUGUUGCAGACUGAUUUUCAUUUGAAUUUAGCAUUGUAUUGUAAUCAUAACAAUGAGAAUAACAGCUGAGCAGAUGAGUUUUAGCCGUCUAAAGCCGCAAUGGUCAACACAAGCAGAUGGUUGAGGAAUAUAUGUUGAAAGACCAUUUUAUUGUUCACUUGAUGUGAAAGCUAUACAGUCAUGCGCUUCUAAUUCCCUCUAAGCCCACUGGCUUCUCAACCCCCCACCCUUCUGUGACGCAAAUCAAGUUGCCAGUACUUAACAGAGAAUGAUCAUUUACCGGAUCCAAAAUUUAACUGUAUCUCUGCACAGCUGUCACUGGCUGAUGUGUCCUCUGCUUUUCUAGAUAUUGAUUGUGAAAUGUGGAUACCAGCGCGAUUCAGUUAUCUUAUUUUGAGAUUCAGUUUAAGAUGUGUUUUUCAACACGACAGUCAACCUUUUUUUUUUACCAGUUUUCAACAUUAUUUGACAAAAGCAAAACAAAUGAUUCAGAAUAUUUAGUUGUUUAACACACAAUCUGUUUGUAUCAUGUUACUGGUGUCCUUGA